AUGACAACUUCGGUAUCUCAAGAAACCGUUGUUACCUUGGUUUCUCGUACUGGCAGGGAGUUACAACGCUACCGAAAAGGUCGUCGUCAAGUUGUCGGAUGCAUACCAUAUAGAUACAUAAGUGGUGACCAAGCUUCCAUAGGGGAAAAUGAAGAAUUAGAAGUUUUGGUUAUUACUUCUAAGAAAGGAAAAAGAAUGUUAUUUCCUAAGGGAGGAUGGGAAAUUGACGAAUCAAAAAAGGAGGCAGCGUUGCGAGAAACCAUGGAGGAAGCAGGAGUAAGAGGCAUUGUACAGGGUAAGUUAGGUAAGUGGAGGUUCAAGAGUAAAAACCAUGGUUCUUCAUAUGAAGGAUACAUGUUCCCUCUACUUGUUCAAGAGCAAUUAGAGAUUUGGCCAGAGCAAAGUUUUCGUCAAAGAAAAUGGAUGAAUGUUUCAGAAGCAAAGGAAGUUUGUCAACAGUGGUGGAUGAAAGAGGCAUUAGAGAGACUAGUAAAUCGUCUCAAGGGUCAGAAACUUGAUCAUGUAAAACAAUUAGUAGUAGUAGGUUCUGUUCAGUGA